CGAACUGGGUGUGUAGGGAUCAGCUCCAAUUCAUCGACUUCUUUUACUAUCCUCUCCCACGCGUCUCUGCCCCUUUUUGGAUUUACAGGAGCGAAUACCACUUCUUUGUAAGCGACUUGGCCGGAUUCCGAUUCUAGAGGCCAAACCUGCAACAGUCGCUGUUCAUCGACUGCGGGAGCCCACUCCAUCGAUCCCGAUUCUUCCGCUUGGGCACAUGAAAAGUCUUAUUCUCAAACGAUUUUUUCGCUUGAAAGACUGAGCUCCGGGAACGAUUACCGCUUCUUCGGGGGUGAGGGCGCACGACUGGCGCUGUUCUGGAGGGAGAAGCCGCUGGACGCGCUUUGUCCUACUUGCAGACUUUGGGCCUGAUUACGAUAGAAAGAGAAGGAAAUCGCAUUAUUUGCUUAUUGGAAAUCCGACGGCAUGGCGGAAUCAAGUGCCGCCAAGGCGUAUAAAUAUCGCCAGGAAAUCAGUCAGAUGAUGUACGUUUCUGGCGAAACAACCGAGCCGUCAAUAGAAACAACCGGUAUUAUCGAAGACAUCGUCCGGCAGCAAGUCAUCGAACUGCUUCGCAACUGCACUGAGCUCGCCGCCCGUCGUGGCUCAAAAUCCAUCAGCACAAACGACCUCAUCUUCCAAAUCCGUCACGACCAAGCCAAAGUAUCUCGUCUGCGCACAUUUCUCUCCUGGAAAGACGUCCGUAAAAACGUAAAGGACUCGGACGACAAAGGCGCAGACGCAGAUAUCGCUGCUGGCGACGAUGCCGUUGGUGGUGUCGUCCCCGGAGGCCCAGUCGACGAGGCGGCCAAGAAGAACAAAAAGGCCAAAGUCGGCCUCCCCUGGGAACCCGCGUCCUUCUACUCGGUCGAAGUUCCCGAGCGCGAGGACGAAGAAGACGAGGAGGAGGAGGAGAUGAAUUACAUUACUCUCCAACGUCUGCGCAAGGCCGACGAGCGCACCAAGGUCAUGACGCGAGAAGAGUACGUGACGUGGUCCGAAUAUCGUCAGGCGUCCUUCACCUGGCGCAAGGGCAAGCGUUUCCGCGAAUGGGCCGGCUUUGGCGUUGUCACGGACAGCAAGCCAUCGGACGAUAUUGUCGACAUCCUCGGCUUCCUCACCUUUGAAAUGGUCCAGACCCUGACCGAGGUUGCCCUCAAGGUCAAGGAGCAGGAGGAAACGGCCCGCGCCCAGACCGGCGCCCUGGUUGAGGGUGGCACCAGCAAGAAGCGCAAACUCCAGCAGGGCCUCUUUGACCCCCCCAGCGAGGGCCGCGCGCCCAUCGAGCCAAGGCACGUCCAAGAAGCCUUUCGGCGGUUCCAGCAAAGGCCCAAGAAGACGCGUGCUAUGCUCAACAUUACAAGGCUGCCACAACAUACGACUCUUAACAUUAUUUAGACUUUUAUUCCCCGCUCCGCUGUUUCGUUUUUGGUUUCUUCUCUUUUUUCUUCCACUUUUUCCCUCGUUUCUACCUGGAGUUUUGGAGCUAUUCUGAUCCGAUAUAAUACGCGUCUACAGAAGGGUGUUGGGUCUCCAGAUAUAUACCCAAUCGAGGAUCAUGGAUCUGAGAAUUUGGUCUUUUUUCGAUUGUAUGAUGGAUACAUUGGGUAUUUUUUAACGUUAGAUGAAAGAGUUAAGCGCAGUCGCUAUUACUAUUGUCGUAUCGCCUAUUAGCGAUGAGCAAUGCUAAUCAAAGUGAUUAAAUGC